GACGCAAUUGCAGAGAUGAGGCUCGACCACACAAACCGCCACCAGAGUCUGAGUCAGUACGACCCCUAGCAAAGAUGCCAGCUGCCCAGAGGCCAGGCAUGCCGAGAGCAGACGACCUCGCGUCUACCUGGGCUGCGCUUGAGGAAGGUGUCGCGCAAAUCAUGGUGUCCCUCAAUCAAGGCAUGCAACCGGCGCGUUACAUGGAACUCUACACCAUCAUCUACAAUUACUGCACGCAAAACAAAAUGCAACGCUUUGGGGACGCGGGAAGUAGUGCAGGUUCUCGUGGUGCACACUUGAUGGGUGCAGAGCUGUAUGACUUGCUCAAGGAAUACGUAAAACUGCACCUUGGCCAUAUUGCGAGAGCAGCAAAGGCACAUACAGGUGAGGCAUUGUUGCAGUUCUAUACCAGGAAAUGGCAAGACUUCACAGUCUCAGCUGGCUUCAUCCACCACAUCUUUCGCUAUCUCAAUCGCAACUGGGUCAAACGCGAGCUCGAUGAGGGACGGACGAAUAUGCACGAUGUCUACACAUUUUGUCUGGUUCUAUGGAAAUCGAUUGUGUUUGAUGAUCUACAAGCUGAGAUUAUGACAGAAGUGCUCAAACUGAUUCGUCGGCAGCGGUCGGGAAUGGUUGUGGAGAGCUCGCUCAUCAAGCACGUCGUUGACUCGUACGUCUUGUUGGGCCUCGACGAAACUGAUCCCGGAAAGUCGACCCUCGACGUCUACCAGCAAUUCUUCCAUGUUCCCUUCAUUGCUGAGACUAGCAAGUUUUACGAACAAGAGUCUGCGGCUGCUAUAGCGGAAUUGUCCGUACCGGAUUACAUGAAAAAGGCUGAGGCACGUAUUAAGGAGGAAGAAGGCCGGGUCGAACUCUACCUGCACGUUUCAAGUACGAGCAAGCUCAUGGCGGCAUGCGAUCAGGCCUUGAUUGCAGCACAUGCAGAGGUACUCCAGCAGGCAUUUCCGGACCUUAUCGAACACGAUCGGCAAGACGACAUGCAGCGGAUGUACAAGUUGCUCGGUCGCAUUGCAAAAGGACUGGAUCCUAUGCGGAAGGCCUUCGAAGAGCAUGUGCGCAAGACUGGUCUCGCCUCUGUUGAGAAGAAUUGCCCGGAUGUCGAAAAUGUUGAGCCAAAAGCUUACGUCAAUGCUUUGCUCACAGUCCACACAGCCUAUAAUGGUCUGAUUGAGCGUGCCUUCAACUCUGACUCUGACUUUGUUAAAUCUCUCGACAAGGCUUGUGGUGAAUUUAUGAACCGCAACAAGGCUUGUGGCUUUACCAGCGCCAAGUCACCAGAACUGCUUUCCAAGUACUGCGAUGGUCUGCUCAAAAAGUCUGCCAAGAAUCCGGAUGAGCAAGAGGUGGAGGCUGUUCUGCAAGAUGUCAUGACGGUCUUCAAGUACGUCGAAGACAAGGAUGUCUUCAUCAAAUUUUACACACGACAACUGUCUCGACGCCUAGUAAAUGACUUGUCGAACUCAGAUGAUGCAGAGGCGUCCAUGCUAUCAAAGCUCAAAGAAGCCUGCGGAGUCGAAUAUACAAAGAAGCUGCAGCGGAUGUUUGGAGACAUUACGACGUCGAGGGAGCAUCAAGAUACAUUCAGGACUUACCUCGCACAAAAGGACGAAGAUGCACCAGCAGUGGUGGAUGCCGACUUCAAGGUUCUCCAGUCCGGUUCAUGGCCACUUUAUGCGCCGACCACAGAGUUCCUCAUCCCUGAGGCGCUGCUCAAGACUGUUGAACAGUUUGCCAUGUACUACGAUUUCACGCACAAUGGACGAAAGCUGCAAUGGCUAUGGCAGCAUAGCAAGGCUGAUAUCAAGGUCAACUACCUACCUUCAAAGUACACUUUCCAAGUGUCCACCUACCAGCUUGCAAUCUUGAUGGCAUACAACACGACCUUGAGCUUGACUUAUACCGAGUUGCAGGCCAUCACAGGCAUCACCGCGAAGGAUCAGCUCGAUGGUGCACUCGGCAUUCUCGUCAAGGCGAAAGUACUCUUGCUCUCCGAGACCGACGGUCAACGCUAUUCGCUCAACACCAACUUCAAGAACAAGAAGCUGAGGAUCAACUUGAAUCUGCCCAUCAAGUCGGAGCAAAAGCAAGAAUCAGACGACACACACAAGCAUAUCGAGGGUGACCGGAAACACAUGAUCGAGAGUGCCAUUGUGCGCAUUAUGAAGGCGCGAAAGCAGAUGAAGCAUACUUUGUUGGUUCAGGAGACCAUCAAUCAGCUCAAGUCGCGCUUCCAGCCCAAAAUUUCAGACAUCAAGAAGUCGAUUGAUGGAUUGUUGGAGCGUGAUUAUAUCGAGCGGGCGGAGGGCGAUGCGAAGGAUAUGUACUCUUACCUGGCUUGACUUCAUUCAUGACUUGUUCCCCUUAGCAUUUUCAUGUCGUACCGUAGCGUGAUUGCAUCAUCCUCGAGCGUCUUU